AGGAAGAACAAGGUGAAGGGUCAUUGUACUACGUUUUUACACUCAGGUUUUACUUGAACUGGUUUCGUGUGCCGUUCACGCAACUACGUAUUUAAAAACACCGAAGUCCACAUAUUUGCAAUUACUGUGCCCGCCGAUCCCGGAUCAGUGUCUCCCCUGGUUGCGGUGACAUAGGCGAGGACACGAUGAGAGCUAAACUGAUCUCAAAUCAGUUUUAAUGUCAGGAAGUAUUUCGAUAUAACUAACCGCAUUACGUUGAAUAAAUAUUAACCAACUAUGUGUAAAUGACAAGUCCGUGAAUAAAAAAGAAAAAAAAAAUUAGAAGCGUAUUUACGACGCCUGCGGUGCCAGCUUUGUCUGUAAUUGUGAACGAAACGCGGUUUCGCUCGCGGCACAAAGAAGAGUGGGCUCUUCCUCGUCUCCUGCGCGUCACACGACUCGACUCGACAUGGCCGGUUCUGCGCGCUGCCGCCUUCACGUGUGUCAGCGACUCUCCGGGCGCUUCCGCACCGUCGCCUGCCCCCGUGCGCGUCUCCGGCGAGCGGAAGGACGGGCGUGAAGCGGAAAGGCUGGAUCGCGGGCAUGGAGCGGUCGUCCGCCGCGUGAGAGCUGCUCGCGCUGAGCUGUGAGUGACGGCGUCUGUGCGCCGACUGCCUGCUGCCCUGUGGCUGUGCUGCCCCUGUCGGCGCGUUCGACAGCCGCACACCGCCGCGACGAGGCACCGUCGAUCGAUCCCGAGCAGAAAAUGGCGUUUUAUUAACAACUUGAAUGUUCACCUUGUGGCUUCAGCAGUAGACGCGCGCUCUCUGUGCGUGUCCCUGACAUCUCCUCAGUUAGUAUGGACAGCGUGGAACUUGGUGACUGCAAACGCACCGUAGGCGUAGAGUAACACACACACACACACACACACACACACACACACGUCAUCAUCAGCUCAAAGACUGGAAACAUGAUCGGCUCCCCCGACUUGCUGGCUUUUACCAAAGAGAACGAUGUCGUGGACUCCUACGUAGAACCUUCGCAGCUGCCCGAGGAGUUCUCCGUGCCUCUCUUUCCGUACUGUGGAAACGCAAACCCCUGGUCAAAGACGUCCUAUGCAAAGUUCGCCAGGGAUUUCAUCCUCAUCUCGGAGUUCUCGGAACAGGUUGGUCCGCAGCCCUUGCUCACCGUCCCGGAUGGACCGAAGGCGUGCGGCACUUUCGACCUCAACUAUUUCUCCCUGCGCAUAAUGUCUGUGGACUACCAAGCCUCCUUCGUGGGACACCCGCCCGGGUGCAGCUACCCGAAACUCAACUUUGUGGAAGACUCCAAAGUCGUGCUCGGGGACUCGAAAGAAGGAGCGUUCGCGUACGUGCACCACCUCACGCUCUACGACUUGGAGGCCCGCGGUUUUGUGCGACCCUUCUGCAUGGCCUACGUGUCAGCUGACGAGCGGAAGAUCAUGCGGCAGUUCCUCCAGCUGUCGUCGGAGUUCUCGAAAGCCUCCGAGUGUCUGAAAACUGGAAACCGCAAGGCGUUCGCCAACGAGAUUGAAAAGAAACUGAAGGACCUGGAAUACACCAGAGCUGUCCUGCACAGGGAGACGGAACUCCAGAAACUGAACAACGGCUGCUAUUCGACGCAAGCAAUAGAAAAAGCUAAUGAACUAGCCAAUGUUGAAAAGUCUAUCUAUGAGCAUAAAGAUCUCCUGAAGCAAAUCACGUCCUACCCAAACAGAAAAAUGAAAGACCCCGAGUUUUUGCCGUAUGACUCGGACAGCUUGGUCGAAUCUGCUGACUUGCAUAGGGACCCCGAAAGUGAAUCUGUGGCUCGAGGUGAGCUGGACGACCCUACAAAUCAGCGCAGGCCCUCGUACACCCCUCAGCUAAUAAAAGCAAAGUCGGCUAAAUGCUUCGAUAAACGCUUGAAAACGCUGGAAGAGCUGUGCGACUUGUACUUCUUCCACCAAACAAUGGAUCAGCUGAAGCAGAUUGAAAAGACGUUCAGAGGGGAUCUCUGCAAUAUCUACACAAACCAGAUAGAACAAGCCCUGCUGAAGAAACAGAAAGUCACAAACUUCCUCUUUGAAGAUUUUAGCACUUGGGAGGAAGAUGAGAAUGUAAAACAAUUUUGUAGUGGGAACGAGUGUUUGCUCGACAAUCUACCUCCUCCUGCUUCCGUCCCGUCAGGUGAACCUCUGAGUCUGGAUUCUUAUACCUCCUGUGUAGAGACGGUUCCUAUAAAAAUGGAGCCAGAAACCGGUGAAGGCGGCCCUCAGGAAGUGGAGAUGACCGAUUCCAUCCCCUGUGAAAUCGCACAGGAUAACUUAGAUGAAGGAACUGAUGCUGCAAUGAAAGGGAGCUUGAGCAGUGGCGAGAGCAUUGAAGUCCUUGGUACUGAGAAGUCUUUUAAAGCUCAGGGAUCGCAGGUGAAUUCUGAAAAUAUGGCAAAUGUUCCAUCACCUCAGCUGCUCAGAGUCAGGAGGAGAACUGUCACCAAGAGGGCCAACAGCGAAGACAGCAUUGAAGUCCUCAGCACUACAGACUCCAUUAUACCUGAGGAUCUGAGAGCAUCAUAUCCUUCUGCCAUUCAUGAGGAAGAUUCCACGGACGCGGUUGAGGACCGCACAAGUGGACAGAUGUUUCCUGUGAAUCCAGGUACGGAUGUGCAGGAUGAAUGUGUUUAUAAAACGGGGACGUCGGUCCAGGUGGAUGCAACCUGUUGCAUGGGGCAGGAAGGUCUUGCGUAUGAAGAGCCUUCCCCAGAGCUAGCACAGGAGUGCUGUGCCAAUGGAGUGGUCAAACAGGAGCCCCGGCCUUGCUGUCAGAGGGAUCUUCCUUUGCAGGUGGAUUUUGUUCUCGACGAUGCAAACAUUUGCGAAGAUCCUCUGGCUGGGCUUUCUCAUGAGCCGAACCCAACUUAUCUUCUAGAUGAGACAUCCAGGAUGAAUCUGGACGACCUCUCUGACAGCACCAGCUUCAUGAGUGCCUCUACAAGCUCCGAUAGGACAUGCUCACCUUUUCUCUACGGCAGCCCCGUUACUGUGAAGCAGAAGAAGAAGGCCGGUCAAAGUGCUAUAAGAUUCAUCAGACAAUAUCCCUUUGCCCAGCAAGCCAUAUUUUGCCUUCUUAGUGGACGGACCCUCGUGGUUUUGGGAACCGACGAAGGGACCGUGAGGAAGCUGGUCAGUGCUUUAACAAUUUAUUUACCCAAUCUUGGGAAGUAUGGCGAAUCCGUGAAACCCUGGCUCUCGUCUCCUUUCCAUCUGUCAGACCUGCAGAACUGGAAGCUUAUUGGCAUUCACAAGAUGGCCUCUCCCACGGGGUCCAGCGUGCUCCACUCCCUGAAGCGUUACAGCCGCUACGUCAGCAUCCUGGAUGCCGAUAACAAGACGCUACGCUGCCCACCCUACAAAGGUACCUUAAUGGAACGGCUGGUGGACCACAGGACGCAGAUCAAGCGCGGCGCCACCUACUUCUUGCACGUGCAGAGCAUGCUGACGCAGCUCUGUGCCAAGGCCUUCCUCUUCACAUUUUGCCAUCAUCUCCACCUGCCCAUUAACGGCGGCGAAGACGACGACGUCGUGGCAACCCGCAGGAUGAAGUUCCUGCACCACUUGGGCUACGAUCAGGAUGACUGCCACGUUUUACACUUUCUGUCCGAGCUCAUCAAGUGCUACUACCUGCACGGCUCUGGAAAGGGGGUUCGUCCACCGGUCUUUGGCUUUAGUUAUGUCACCAGCUUCGUGUACAAAAUUUAAGCCUGAAUUCGUCAAGCACGUGAUCGCAAUGCCGGUAUCUCAAAUCAAAGGUCCGUCCGUCUUGGCGAGAAAAGGAGACGAGGAAAAAUGUGAAUUAUUUUGAUUCUUUCGUUUAGACGCGUUUCGGGUUUGGUUUGACGAGUUGCGUAAUGCAGGUGCUGUUGAUUAACUGUGGUUUCUUUGUUUUGGUUUUGUGUGUUGUUACCGUUUGAUCACUACAUGUAACUGGAGAGCCAUAUCACUGGAAAUCUGUGUUUGGAGCAGAAACCCCUGAACCGCCCUUGAGAGAGGUUUUAUUACUAAGCAAAUUUAUCGUGUAUCACAGGAUGCGUGGUUGUCAGUGUGCAUUUUUAUUCUAGUUAGAAUUAUUUUAAGGCGUGCAUGUGGUGGUGCUUCUUGCGCCAUACUGUCGUCGUGUUAUUGAAAUUACGUUACUAAAAGCACGGGGAUGCUGGUACGAUUUUACCUGUUUGUCCGAGGUUGUCGUUCGAUUGACUAAACCAUUUUUUUAAAAACCACAGCUUAGUUUAGCGGCUUAUCGACGUACUGUCCUUUUGAUCACUGUUUUGCGGGAUGCGUCACGUCGGGGGGAAAGACCCCGAAUGCAGAAAUGAAGCACAUGGAAAAGACUGUGAAAAUUGAGCUUAAUUGAAUGUUGCUAAUUUUGAGGUUAUGAGUCAGGAACGAAUGGAGGCACGGAGCUGCGGCCUGGCCGUGAUUUCUUUACGCCGUCCUGUUGCCUUCGGAUUGCUGACGCGAUAGAGAUGCGGAGAGGAUGACGAGAGCUGUGGGAGGAGCUUUCUUUCACAAGCAGAUUACUUAUCGAUGAAACAUUUUUCCUCUCUCACCUUUCACUCACGUUUUCGUUCUAUUUCGUCCGCUACACGUGCAUAUCCGCUCGUGAACAAAUGCACUCGUUUUCAUUUUUUUUUUUUUUAAAUUGUAAUGCUUGCGCUGAAGCACGAGGAUUAUUACAGUUUGUCCUUAUAAAGGUGUGAUCCUCAUCUUUUAUCCAGUGCGUUUCUAAUUACAUUACAUUCAGGAUUACAUAAGUAAAUAAACCACUUGCCCUUAGUAUUAUAAAUGAAAUUAAUGUUCUAAUGUGAAAUUGUUGCAAAUAUUUGCAAAAUAUUGCAUGCUACAUGGAUUAUACUUGUUCCCUUCUGUCUUUCUGAUUGCUGAGUGUUUUGAAGUUUGUGUGAAAAUCUUUUUGAAGUGUGCAUGAAUGUCGAUAUUUUGACUUGUAUGCAGCUGGUUGUGAUGUGGGUUAUGGCUGUAGUAUUAUGUCUUUCUUAUUUUAGUUGACUGGAUGUAAUCUUGACUCUUUCUGGGACGGUGUGGCUCAUUUAACCGUACAUUUUAAAACACUGGGUCCUCUGCUUACAAACACAAUUGAAACUGCCAGUGUUUGCAUAACUGUUUUCCUAAAUCCAACUACUGUCUCAAUUAUUAAAAAGAUUAAUAUAGGCAGCCCUCAGUUUAUUCAUGGGUGAGAUUCUGUAGUAACUUCAGACAAAGCUGUGUAUAGUACAGAUAUAAUAGAGAUGUACCUUGAUUUAUUCACUGGGUAGGUUUUGUACAAGUCUCAGAUAUAGCUAUAAUAAGAAUCUGUAAGACUAACUGCAAGCUAUGCUAAAAAUUCUUAAAAAUGAAUAAUGGAAGUAAAAAUACAUGAUCUUCACAAAUUCUUAGCGUAGAUUGUUGACUGAUUUAUCUCAAACAUGCAACUUUUGUCAUCAAGUCAUUGUUCACCACACCACUCAGGAACACAAGGCAUGAGCUGCAAACACUGUGGAAGUGAGUUGAAUUAAUGUGGUGCCACAUUCCUACUUUUAUUUUUUUUUUUUAACUGUCAUCUCAGAGCUGACUGUGCAAACGCUGGUUCCUGUAGCUGAGCAACAAAUGAAUAGCUGAAAAUUGUCCAGGAAAACACAGUUAAACUAAAGAAUGUUCUUAAUCUUCAAAAAGUUUUAACGUGAAUGUUUGUAACAUUAUGACCCAGUGUGUUCAGAUGAACCCAUUGCAAAUAUGAGAGAUUUCUGUUUGACGUUGAUGUCAGCAGUUUCAAAUAUUAGGGAAAGUUCAUUGCAAUAAAGCUGGCAGGGCCGUGGUGCCCACGUAAAAAGAAUAAUUGACUUGUAGCCGCUUAGAGGAGGUAUUUGCUCAAUUAAACACUAUGUAUUGCUAUGCUGUAUGUUGUUUGAAUGUAAUUUUAGAGAAGCCAUAAUACUGAACAUUUAACUGCCGAAAAAAUCUUGAUUUUUCUUCAGUGCAAUUUUAUUUUCUUAUACUUCUGUUUACUGAGGUACACGAACCUUGAUGGCCCCAAGUAAACAAAGUAACAGGAUUAAGAAACUUGCUAUAUUAACUACUGAUUCCUCUGUUUUACAUACAUGAUAUAACAAACUAUAUUUUCAGAUUUUCCACUUUAUACAUAUAUUUUGUGUUUUCCUGAACUGAAUUGAGUUUUAGGUGAAAUUUUUGCUUUUGAUUGCUGGCGAUCCGGUGCCUCGUAUUACAGUCCAUAUUGCCUUUUUGUAUUAGUUAAUGUAGGGGAUGGUUACAGUCCAUUCCAUGUACUGUUUACUUGUAACAUUACAAUGACUUAAUCAAAUACCUGAUACUAAAUGUUUGUUACUUUCUGUAUUUGAUUUUGCACAAAUAUGAGUUGAUAUACUGUUUGUUUUUUGAUGUAUUAAAACCAGAGGUAUUUAAUAAAAAUGUUUAAA